AUGCACGGAACAUCCACCAUCGAAGAUAAAAGAGACAAAGCCGAGCCUCCUUCCAAUUCCACAAGCUCAAUGCCACCAUUAAACCUUCCCGCCAACCUCAAAUUUGGGCCAUUUGCAGUCACCAACCAGGUGUUUCAUCUCUCACGGUCGCAGCUGACCUAUGGACUCGUCAAUCUCAGGCCACUAUUGCCAGGGCACGUGUUGAUCUGUCCAGUGCGGCCCGUGCCCAGAUUAUCACAGCUAUCGAUAAAAGAAACAGCAGACCUGUUCAGCACUGUUCGGUAUGUGUCGCGGACUUUGGAGCGGGUAUACCGCGCGACAGCCCUGAACGUUGCGGUGCAGGAUGGAGUUGACGCGGGCCAAUCCGUACCACAUGUCCAUGUCCAUGUGAUCCCGCGGCGGGCUGGUGAUUUGGAUGACCGAGGGGGUGGAGACCAGAUUUAUGAGAUGAUGGAUGGCGACGAAGGCGAUGUUGGGCAAGCUUUCUGGGAGAUGCAGAGGGCGAGGCAGACGAGGGCUGGAGAGAGGAGAGACUUCGCUGGUGGGCCUGAUAGUGGUAGAAAGCCACGGAGCGAGGAGGAGAUGGCGGAGGAGGCUGAAUGGUUGAGGAUAGAAAUGGAGAAGGAUAUCGAGGAAGGGGAGGAGGUGGAGGAUGUGGAAAGGGCGGCUCUCUGUGUAUCAUGCUGCAAUGCCCGAGAAAGUGAUAGAAGCAUUUCAAAAGGAAGAUAG